UUAGAGGGGUUAUGAUCGAAUUUUUUUCUUUCCGUUUUUCCAGUUGACUCAGGCUCAUGGCGUGUGUGGCUAAUUCCAUAGGCCUGAGAUGGAACGGGAGCCCAUCGAGGCCGCCGGAUUGUUUCAAGGGCAAGAUAAGUGAAGACAGACUACCACAGCACUACCAUCCCACGGCUCAUAUCUACUUCUCACAGUCACCAUGUUCAAACACUUUAUUGCAAGUCAUCAGAAAACAUCGAAUUUCGGCAUCUGGAUUCAGGAAAACCCGCGUACCAAUACCCAUAUCUUCCCGUGGCUUCUGGGUCUCAUCUGAACAGCCCCAACCAAGAGGAAUUGCUGCGCCCGCGAGAGCUUUCAGGCCUGGGAAUCGGUUUCUGCAUGUGGGUGGCGAUGAAAAUCGGUCUUUUCUUCGGAUUCGAGUGAAUUCUGUGGGCGCAGACAGGGGAGGCACUUCCGUUGGAUUUCAAACAGUUGUUGGGAUACUGCAUUUGGCUGUUUCACUUGGGAUCAUUCUCGCCAUGGAUAAGUUUCUCAAGCAAGCAUUUGUAGCCGCAGCAAUCAAGUUCCCAAGCGCUCUCUUCGGAAUGUUUUGUGUAUUCUCCGUUUUGUUGGUUUUGGAUUCCGUUGCCUCGUCUGCUGCGACGAGUUUGAUGAAUUUCUUUGAGCCGGCGACUCUGUUUAUUCAGAGGUGGCUUCCUCUUUUUUAUGUUCCGUCAUUGGUGGUGUUGCCUCUGGCAGUAAGGGAUAUCCCUACAGCUUCAGGACUCAAGAUCUGUUGCAUCCUAGUUGUUGGGUGGUUGGCCUCACUUUCCGUCGCUGGCUACACAGCCUUAACUGUAAGAAAGAUUGUAAAGACAGAAAUGGUAGCUGCUGAGCCAAUGACAAAACCUUCACCAUUUUCGCAUGUGGAGGUGUGGACUUGGAUAGCCAUUUUCAUUUUAUCAUUUGCUCUCGCAUUCUUGUCCCCAACAGCACUUGGGACGACUGCAAGGACACGGCUUCCUUUCUUACUUGCUGCCACCGUCUUAGGAUAUAUGGUCGGUUCUGGGUUGCCUUCCAAUGUCAAGACAGUCUUCCAUCCAAUCAUUUGCUGCGCUUUAUCUGCAGACAUAGCAGCGUUAGCUUUUGGGUAUUUCUCCCGAUCUGGAAUGGAUGCUAUUCUAGGGGACUACCUCACCAAAGUGUCAUCGAAUCCCGGAGCUGGUGAUAUCCUGAUGGGAUUCUUGGGAUCUGUCAUUAUUUCUUUCGCCUUUUCCAUGUUUAAGCAGAGGAAGCUCGUCAAGAGGCAUGCAGCAGAGAUAUUUUCAUCUGUGAUAAUUUCAACGAUUUUCUCUUUGUAUUCAACUGCGAUUAUAGGGCGAGUAGUCGGAUUAGAGCCAUCUUUGACCAUAUCAAUUCUACCAAGAUGCAUAACCGUGGCAUUAGCCCUCAGCAUCGUGUCGUUGUUUGAUGGUGCCAAUCCAUCUCUCACUGCAGCUGUAGUGGUACUAACAGGCCUAAUCGGGGCGAAUUUUGUGCAAACAAUGCUGGAUAAGCUUCGCUUGUUCGAUCCCAUUGCUCGAGGAAUAGCAACAGCUUCAAGUGCUCAUGGACUGGGGACAGCAGCAUUAUCAGCAAAGGAACCCGAGGCUCUUCCGUUCUGCGCCAUUGCUUAUGCAUUGACAGGCAUAUUUGGGUCAUUGCUAUGCUCGAUUCCAGUAGUGAGACAAAGCUUGGUUUUGAUUGUUGGGUGAGAAUCAAUCAUGGUUUCCCAUACGCCAAUGAAGAUUUCGGGUACUGAGUCAGUCGCCAUGUGUUCUUUGAGUGACAUUUCUGCCCAUAAUGCAUCAGACGGCAUUUUCAACUGUUUGGUACCACUAAGAAAAAUCACUAUAGGAAGCUUCAAGAACAUAACCAUGGCAGGAGUGUUUGCUUUUC